UGUUACAAGUGAAGAUCAUUCAUGCUUAAUCUUAGCAUGGCCCAUUUUGGAAUAGCGUAUAUUAUAGUUUGGGAUUAUAUUUAGUGAUCCUUUAAUGUGAGCGUUACUUAAAUGUCGCUGCUGCCAUAGGUGAAGCUAAUUUCUGGGUAGCCGAAUACAUUUUCAUAAUUCAUUAUUUGAUAUCGAAUUUGUAUUAAAGAAAAAUUGAGUAAUUGCAAAGUAUUAAAAUGGUAAACAUUAAAUAAAUAGUGGUAGUAGCUUAAAAUAGUACCAAAGUGUGCACAGCGCUUAACUAUGACUGUACUUAUCGAGAAAGGUAUUUAUGUCACUGGCCCUUUAAGAAGUCGCGCAUGCGUGAACCAGUGAGAAAGUUAACUCCUGAACUUCGUAGUCAGAAAAAUUCAGAUUUAUAAAAUAGCAGGGAAAACCGCAUUGAGUUGACAUGGCAUUUCGCCGGAGAAACAAGAGUUACCCUUUCUUCAGCCAGGAGUUCUUAAUUCAAAACCACGCCGACAUCGUGUUCAGUCUGGUGAUUUUGGUUUUGAUUGGAUUGAUGUUUGAGACGACAGCCAAGACGGCCAUACUCUUCAUUCAGCCGCAGCACAACGUCACCACGCUGUCAGCAGAGGGCGAGGUGACGUUCUACCAUUACGGAUGGAAGGACUCUGCCACCAUCCUCUUCUAUUCCUUCAUCGCCAUCAUCCUCCACGCGGUCGUGCAGGAGUAUCUCCUGGAUAAAGUGAACCGGCGUCUCCACCUCUCCAAGAGCAAGAAUACCAAGUUUAACGAGUCGGGUCAGCUGUGCGUGUUUCACUUGGUGUCCAGCGUGUGGAGCUUGUACAUCGUCAUAACAGAAGGAUAUCUCUUUCAUCUCAGCAGUCUAUGGGAGAACUACCCCCAUCUUCACCUCAGGUUUCAGGUGAAGUUUUUCUACCUCACUCAGCUGGCCUACUGGCUCCAUGCGUUGCCGGAGCUCUACUUCCAGAAAGUGCGCAAGGAGGAGAUUUCUCGUCAGCUCCAGUACAUCUGCCUGUACCUGCUGCACAUCGCCGCAGCGUAUCUGUUAAACUUAAGUCGUUUGGGUCUGGUGCUGCUCUUCCUCCAGUAUGUCUCCGAACUGGGCUUUCACAUCGCCAGACUCUUCUACUUCACUGAUGAGAACCAUCAGAAAAUGUUCGACCUGUGGGCAAUCGGCUAUGUGUUUACACGGAUGGUCACUCUGACCCUGAUGUUCCUGGCUGUCGGCUUCGGUUUGGCUCGUAGUGAGAACCAGGGCCUGGACUUGGAGAUGGGCAACUUCAACACUGUACUGAUAAGGAUGACCGUUCUGCUGCUGGUAUGUUUCACCCAAUCGUGGCUCCUCUGGAAGUUCAUCCGCUUCCAGCUGAGACGCUGGAGGGAGUCCAGACUCGAACAGGCGCUCCGCAAGAAGGCCGCCGCCAAGCAACCCCUACGGCCACUGAAGAGAGACUCGCUCGGUCAGCACGAAAACGGAGUUCUUAAAGCCGAGAAUGGAGCCUCUCCUCGGAGCAAAAAACUCAAAUCCCCCUAAAGAUCGGACACCUCGUGGCCUGAACAGUGACCUUAGCCGCCCCCCCCCCCCCCCCCCCGACACCCGGCCAAGGUUGGUCGUCGCCACCACGGGAAAGUUGACAAUGGCCUGAGAUGUUACGAGGACUCGAGUCGCUUACAGACUGAAUGCUGGAAAAUGAAAUCAAAGGAAAUCCCUUGAGCACAACAGACAUUUUACUCCCUUCAUCAUAUCAGUAUUUUAUUUCUUUGUUAUACGCCGCAUGCUACGCCACGGAUAAGCAGCACCAUUGUUUGCAGAAUGAUUCAAAUGUAAAGUGAAGACCGUAUGUAGCACACACACGUGAUUGUGUGGAUGCAUGUCCUCAUGCGUAAGUACUGUAUUGGUUGUAGUGUCGUCUGAGGUCGCAGCCAUUCUCAGUUCGCCACAUUGAAUUGGCUUUGCUUUUUUUUUUUUGUCUGGACCAUUGGAGCAGAAACACGUGAUAUUGUAUGAUAAAAGCUUACUGUAUGCUGGACUUAACAUUAUGCGUUCACCAUGUCGGGAAAAGGCAUUUUGGACAAUUAAUAGAGUGGCCACAUGGGCAACUCCCAGUGAAUAAUGUCCGUUUAAAAUGCUAAAUCCAUCACAGGUUGCUCAAUGAUUAAGCAUGUAUGUUGGAUUUCACAAACACCAUUCCAUUUUUUUUCUUAAUUACUAUAUUAAAUGAUGCAAUUUU